AUGACAAUGACCUUGGCUUUACGUUUAUUUUUUAUACAAUUCGUUUUUACAGCUGUUACUGGAUUGAUUUAUUCUUGUUUACCGAAUUCAACUUGUGGUUGCUCAUCGAAUUCGGCUGUUUUAAGUAAAAUAGUAGGUGGUGAACAAGCUAAAACGGAUACCUGGGGUUGGAUUGCAUCCAUACGUAUAGGAAAUAGUCAUAUCUGCGGUGGCUCAUUAAUAUCUUCCACAUUAGUGUUAACUGCUGCUCAUUGUCUCAGAACAAUUAAAUCAAUGGCAAGUCUUAGAAUCAAUAUUGGUUCAAAUUAUUUAUUUAUUAUUCGCCAACAAAGAACAGUAUCAAGAAUUUACAUUCAUCAUGACUAUGAUUCAACAAAUCUAGUGAAUGAUAUCGCUAUUAUAAGUCUUUCAUCACCCAUAGAUAUGAAUGAUAGUUCGAUCGCUCUUAUUUGUUUACCAUCGAUAAAAACUACUGAAUAUCCACCAAUAGGUAUAAACGUUGUUGCAAUUGGUUGGGGUGUUCUAUUAGCAGGAGACAAAAAUCCAUCUAAUACACUUCAACAAGUAACAUUAAAAACAAUCUCAGCGAAAACGUUGGCUUGUCGAAAACUGAUUCAAGAUACGUCUACUCAAUUUUGUUCUGGUGAGCAAGGAGGGACAAAAGAUACAUGUCAAGGUGAUAGUGGUGGUCCAUUAAUGAUCUUUUCUAAUGGCCAAUGGAUAUUAGUUGGUAUAACAAGUUAUGGAAUUGGUUGUGCUCUAGUCGAUUAUCCUGGUGUAUAUACACGUGCUGCAUUCUACAUAGAUUGGAUAUCCUGCUUUUUAACAAAUGAUACAAUUUGCAUUGAAAAUAAUACAUUAAAACUAGACCAAUUUUCAUCCAUAGGAUCAUCAAUAUGUUAUAAUCAUAUGUUACUACUUUUUCUUUGUGUUAUAGUCACGAUUUCAGUUGCUUAUACAUGUGACCGUCAAUCAACAUGUGGAUGUUCGAAACGUUCAUCCGUUGUUAUAUCAAAAAUUAUUAAUGGUGAACCAGUUUCUAUAUCUCAUUCUUGGGGAUGGAUGGCAUCAUUGAGGCGCAAUGAUCAACAUCAAUGUGGUGCAUCUCUGAUAACAACAUCACAUGUUAUCACAGCAGCACACUGCGUUAAACAUAUCAAAUCAUUGUCUCAUUUGUCACUAAAUUUCGACACGAGAAAUAAAUCGAAUAUUGGUCAAUUACGUAAUAUAUCUCAUAUAUAUAUACAUCCAGAAUAUGAUCAACGGUCAUUUACAAAUGAUAUAGCUAUAUUACGUCUCGAUAGACCCGUUGAUUUAAAUAAUUCAAAUGUUGCUCUUUUAUGUUUACCUUCAAAAUCAGAUUUCAACUUGGAAAAAGCUGAAUAUCCACCAAUAGGUGAAAAUCUUAUUGCAAUUGGUUGGGGUACUACAGAUCCCUAUACACGUAUAGCUACAGAUAUACUUCAGCAAGUUACUAUUCGAGCAAUUGACCAAAAUGAAUUUGCGUGUUAUGAUAUAAUUCAUGAUACGAAAGUACAAUUUUGUGCUGGAGUUCUUGAAAGUGGAAAAGAUACAUGUCAAGGUGAUAGCGGUGGACCAUUAAUGUUAUUCAAAAGAGGAAUAUGGGUAUUAGCCGGUGUUACAAGUUACGGAUCCAUUUGUGCAAAUCCAAAUACUGCCGGUGUUUAUACACGAAUAGCUCGUUACGUAACUUAUAUACGAGAAACUAUCGAAAAUGAUUACCCAUUCAUCUCAAAUGCUACGCGUUUAGAAUUAAUAAAUUUAUUAAAUUCAAGUGCAAAUAUUCUUUAUCAAAAGUCAAUGAUUCAACUUUAUUUUCUUUGCUUAUUUAUUCUUUAUAGAAAACUCUUCUAG